AUGGCAGGAGAACAGAAACCAUCCUGCAAUCUUCUAGAGCAGUUUAUUUUACUAGCAAAAGGUACAAGUGGCUCAGCUCUGACUGCUCUUAUAAAUCAAGUGCUGGAAGCUCCUGGGGUUUAUGUCUUCGGAGAGCUCUUGGAGUUAACGAAUGUGCAAGAGCUUGCUGAAGGGUCUAAUGCUGCUUAUUUCCAGUUGCUGAACCUGUUUGCAUAUGGAACGUACCCAGACUAUAUAGCAAACAAAGAUAACCUGCCUGAAUUAACAGUGACUCAGAAAAACAAGCUGAAACACUUGACGAUUGUAAGCCUGGCUUCCAGAAUGAAGUGCAUUCCAUAUUCUGUGUUGCUGAAGGACCUUGAUGUGAAGAAUCUGAGGGAGUUGGAAGAUCUGAUUAUUGAAGCGGUUUAUACAGAUAUUAUCCAGGGGAAGCUGGAUCAACGAAACCAGGUGCUAGAGGUGGAUUUUUGUAUCGGCAGAGACAUUCAGAAGAAGGACAUCAGUAAUAUUGUCAAAACACUCCAGGAAUGGUGUGAUGGUUGUGAAGCAGUUCUUUUAGGAAUUGAGCAGCAAGUACUUAGAGCCAACCAAUACAAAGAGAACCAUCACCGAACUCAACAGCAGGUAGAGAUCGAGGUCACAAACAUAAAGAAAACAUUAAAAGCUACAGCCUCGUCGUCGGCACAGGAGAUGGAACAGCAGCUGGUAGAGCGAGAGUGCCCUCCACACACAGAACAAAGGCAGCCCACAAAGAAGAUAUCCAAAGUCAAAGGGCUGGUUUCCAGCCGUCACUAGAACAUACCAUCUGAGUGUCAUUCAGCUAGGAAUGACAACAGGAGGAGCAAACAAGGGCCUGCGUCUCCUUUUUCGGUGGGUUCUGGGCCAGUCUUUUCGAGGCUGGCAAAUAAAAGCCCUGCUUGAAACAGCUCCCAGUUAGCAGCACCUGGCUAAGUUACCCUGUGCAGCCCCUAUUAAUUUUCAGGGUGUCCCUCUUCUGGUCCUGUAAAGAGGGA